AUGGAAGACGCAGUAUUUCAAAUAACUUCAUCGUAUAAUCAAGACGUGCAAACUUUAAAUAGCAGCAAAGGCCAUGUUGAAAAUAUUCCAAUAUAUGAAAAGCCAGUUGACAGCGCCCAGGAGUUAGAUGAACUCGAAAAUCAGUUAUCGGACCCAAACAAUAGAGACUGUUUGAAAAAUAGAUAUUCUAUACUUUGUUCUGGAGGUAAAGCUAUAGACUGUGCUUAUAUGCUUGUUGAUGUUAUGUUUACAAGGAAAUUUAUUUGUGAGUGCUCAUGGAGUGGGGACAGCAGAGGUGAAGAUUUGAAAAUUCCUUUAAAAGGUUAUAAACAUGUCUUGUCUUUUUUCUGGAAUAUGGUGCACUAUUGGGAUCAGGAAUAUUCUUUAAAAGAUAAUGAAUUAUUUUUCAAAACGAUUUUGAAAAAUGCCAAAAAAAGAAAAAUUGCAAAACUUGAAAGAGCUUCAACAUCAAGGCAACGUUCGAAACCCAAAAAUAAUUUGAAACGUAUGAAGUUUUCAGAAGAAAAUGAGACAAAUGUAACUUCUGAUAACGGUGAAAGUGAGAAUGAGAUAAACGAAGAAGAAAACACGAUAAAUAAGAAGAAAAGAAAUGAUUCAGUAGAAGAACACACAAAGGAAAAUAAAGAAGGCGAUGUUAUAAAAAAUAUCUCAAAAGACAUCGCCAAAUAUAAUAGUAACGUUAUAAUUGGAAAGGAGACAAGUGUCUGA